AGAAACGGAAGUAGCUAGCCAUUUGACAGGAAGUAGCUACCUAGCUAGACAGCUAGCAUCACAGAGUUUGGUUGUAUCCUCAAACACUUCACAUAAAAAUGCCGGAGUUAGCGGUAGAAAAUGUGGUUGUCCAUCCACUGGUGUUGCUCAGCGUGGUGGAUCAUUUUAAUAGGUAUGUCAUUAAUAGUAUAUCUGUUUCGAAAUCAUAUCCAUUCGCUACCUCUUUACUAACUUGCCACUUUUUGUACGAGAGAUUAUGUUGCAGCCAGGCCUAGCUAACCUGCUGAGUCAGAAACCCAUAUGAAGCUGUGUAUUUGUUAGCCAUGACAGUAGCAUAGCUAGCUAGCUAAUUUUGGCUAGUCAAUUGUAUUUACAGGCCACUCACUAUCAGUUAGUAUUAGCAAGUAACAUAAACUGAUUUCUAAAUAAUGGAAUAAUUGGAAAACCUUUUCAGUCUGUUUCGUAGAGCACAACGUCAUUAUGGAUCAGGGUAGUUAACCUCGCUAGUGCCGGGGUAAAAGUAGCUAGUUAUGUUCACUUUAGUUGAUUUUUGAUUUCCUCUAAGACAUCCUAUGGUAUUGAUUGUGUAAAUGUUAUGUUGUUUUUACAGAAUAGGGAAAGUAGGCAACCAGAAGCGAGUAGUGGGUGUUCUCCUCGGCUCUUGGCAUAAGAAAGUCCUUGAUGUGUCCAACAGCUUUGCAGGUGAUUUCUUCUCCUUUCAUCAUGUACUAAAAUAACCUGUUAUGUCAUAUGGCUAGUUUAUAACAUUCAUAUAAUAUUUGUGAUGGCAGAGUAAUUAUGAUGACAAAAUGUUUAGCUAUAAAAGCCUGUAGUUGGAUCCAUAUUGAUUGGGUUUUCUCCAGUGCCUUUUGAUGAGGAUGACAAGGAUGAUUCUGUGUGGUUCCUGGAUCAUGACUACUUGGAGAAUAUGUACAGCAUGUUCAAGAAAGUCAAUGGUGAGAACACACACUCAAACACACUAUACAUUAGUACAUUUUAACUAUUAAAUUCAGUCUCAUCGACUUCUACAGUUAUCCUAUAAGAUUCUUAAACCUUUCCCUUCUCUUCUCUUCAGCCAGAGAGAGGAUAGUGGGCUGGUAUCACACAGGUCCUAAACUACAUAAGAAUGACAUUGCCAUCAAUGAACUCAUCAAGCAAUACUGCACCAAUUCAGUAAGUGCUUUCAACCCCGUAAAUAUUCCACAUUAAUAAAUACCAGUAAGACAUAUUUGUCUCAUCUCCUGUUGAAAUUAUAAAAUUGUAUUGAUAAUGCAGCAGAGAUUUUAACAAUGACUGUGUUUGUAUGGAACUUCCUCCCUCUCAGGUUUUAGUGAUCAUUGAUGUGAAGCCUAAGGACCUGGGCCUGCCUACAGAAGCCUACUUUUCUGUGGAGGAAAUACAUGACGUAAGUGGAGCAUAGACAUGUAUGAGCCUAAAUGACAAAAUCAGUCAAACCCUGGACCAGCCAACCCCGGGGUCUCUGGGCUGAUUUUGGACUAGGCAUACAAGUGAUCACACAAGUUCUUGUUACUGUACUCCUCCAGGACGGCACUCCGACCUCCAAGACGUUUGAACAUGUGACCAGUGAGAUCGGAGCAGAGGAGGCGGAGGAGGUGGGCGUGGAGCACUUGCUCAGGUACGCAUUAUCUUUUAACUAGACCACACACAGACGUUCCACAUACCAAUCUCUCUUUCUCUCUCACUGACACGCACAAUAAAGCUUUUCACAGAGUCUUCUGACUUCAAGCUUAACUCCACACUGAAUUCUAAAUCCUUUUCUAUUCUCCUCUGAUAUAUUCUAUCAUAUAAUCUUGUGUCCACAGAGACAUCAAGGACACAACAGUGGGUACUCUGUCUCAGCAGAUCACCAACCAGGUACAUGGCCUGAAGGGACUCAACUCCAAACUGCUGGACAUCAGGUCUUACCUGGAGAGAGUGGCUGCAGGCAAGCUGCCCAUCAACCACCAAAUCGUUUACCAUUUACAGGACGUCUUCAACCUGCUUCCCGACGUCAACCUACUGGUAUGAUGGGGUGUGGGGGUAGGCUUGAGUGUGUGUGGGAGCAAGGGGGAUAGGGGCAGGGGGUGGCAGGCAUGGUAAUCGAUAUUACCUUUUUUUAUUUAGGAAAAAGUGCACAUUGAUACAUUUUCAUUCUCAAAUCAAAUAAAUUCAGGUUUGUAGGAUCUACUACCUCAUUACAAUGAACAGGUAGCGUGGCUUUUUCCACCAGAUUCCUUGUUGUGCUGAUCAAAUCCCCUGGUUAGUUAAUCAUAAUUCACAAUGCCCUAAUCCUGCCACCUCUCCCUGCAGGAGUUCACUAAGGCCUUCUACCUGAAGACCAACGACCAGAUGCUGGUCGUCUACCUGGCUUCCCUCAUCCGCUCAGUGGUGGCUCUCCACAACCUCAUCAACAACAAGAUCUCCAACCGCGACGCAGAGAGGAAGGAGGGACAGGAGAAGGAAGAGGGCAAGAAGGAGAAGAAAGAGGACAAGGAGAAGAAGGACGAGAAAGAAAAGGAGAAGGGUGACUCCUCAUCCAAGAAAGAAGAAAAGAAGAAGAAAUAAGUGUGCACUAUUUUGUUGUCUUAUUCAUACCCUAUUCCCCUGGAUAGUGCACUACUUUUGGCCUGAGCCACAUGCGUCUGUGUAUAUGGUCUAGCUAAAAGUAGUGCUCUAUAUGGGGAUAUGGUGUCAUUUGAGACUUGCCCUUUGUCAUAACUGACAUAAUAACUAUAGUGCUGAGGGUGAGAGGAUGGUUAUGUGUGUUGAUGUUCUCUACAAUGAGAACGUUUGUUCUGCACCGUCUGGGCUGCGUUCAGUAGGGCACAACGUUAAGGAACGCUCAGAUAGAAAUGCAUAUUGUAGAACAGACAUGCCUCUCUGAUGUGAGUAAUCACGUCAGCUCUAUUCUGUUAUUUCUAUCGGUAACGUUCAGUAAAUUGC